UCUUCUACUGCUCCGCUUCAGAGGGGGAAAGCCUGCUUGAAUUGCAGGAAGCGUAAAAUGAAAUGCGACGGCGCUCGACCCGUCUGCGGUCAAUGCGAGAGAGCCGGACGAGAGGAAGACUGCGAGUAUGCAGACGGCGGACGCACUCGAACGCAAAUGCUGCAGGACACGAUCUCAGAGCUCGAGGCGCGCAUUGAGGAACUUGAGAAUCCGGGCCAGCCUUCAACGUCGCUAUGUCUUGCAGCUGCCGGGCAGUACCCUUACUAUGCAGGGGUUAAUCCACCCGCUGUGCAGGCAGGCGUCACUACUGGUUCAGGAUGGUGGGAUUACGACGAACCUCCCAGGCACAUCGCCCGUUCUCUUCUGGAAACCUUCCUUCCACACGCGACACAAUUCGGAUUCUUCCUGGAUCCGCGCCGAUUUAUGAGCUCUACUGUGCUUGUGUCUACUCUGGGGCAAGAGAACCGCCCCCUCCCUGCUCUCAUGACCGCCGUAUACUUGGUAGGUAUACGUCUCUCCCGGUCCGACGAAAUCCGAGCCCGGGAGACGGUGUUCCUCGCUCGCGUCCGGAGCCAGCUUGGCCUCGUACUCUCAAAUCUGCGCCCAAACCAAGUCAUGCAGGCCGUUCAAGCAGAGGUGAUCCUCGCACACUAUCUCUUCUACACCGGAAGUAUCGUAGAGGCAAGGUACCACACCAGCGCUGCGGUAUCACUAACCAUGGGUUACCGCCUCAAUAAAAUACACAGUCUGAACGACGUCGUACCCAAUGAGUUCACACUUGCACUUCCCCCCGCGCAGGACGCUAUUGAGGAGGGAGAGCGGAUCAAUGGGUUCUGGAUGGUGCUGGUCAUGGAUAAAGCGUGGGCGGCAGCACUGAACUUGCCUUCGACGACCGGCACCGUAGAGAACGCUAUAUCACAGAUAGAUACUCCUUGGCCUUGGGAAGUUGCUGAAUAUGAAGAG